ACAUUCCUCAAAGAGGGAAAAUCAUUGGGGAAAGUUGAGGAACUGUGGAAGAAAAACCCUAAAUCGAGAAAUUGAGAAGAAAACCUUGAAGAGAAGAUCAAGAUGAACGAUGCAGAUGUGUCCAGGCAGAUACAGCAGAUGGUCAGAUUCAUUCUGCAGGAGGCGGAAGAGAAAGCUAACGAAAUCUCUGUUUCUGCUGAAGAGGAAUUCAACAUUGAGAAAUUGCAACUAGUUGAAGCUGAAAAGAAGAAGAUUAGACAAGAAUAUGAGCGGAAGGCAAAGCAGGUGGAAAUUCGAAGGAAAAUUGAGUACUCAAUGCAGCUGAAUGCAUCCCGCAUCAAGGUUCUUCAAGCGCAAGAUGAUCUGGUGAACUCCAUGAAAGAAGCCGCUGGCAAGGAACUUUUGCGUGUUUGUGAUGACACAAAUGGAUACAAAAUGCUUCUUAAAGGUUUGAUUGUUCAGAGUUUACUACGACUGAAGGAGCCAGCAGUGUUGCUGCGCUGCAGAGAGAUUGACCUUGGGCCGGUUGAGUCUGUUUUGGGGGAAGCAAAACAAGAGUAUGCUGACAAAGCCAAAGUUCAUGUCCCCAAAGUUACCAUUGACAACCUUGUAUACCUCCCACCACCUCCCACUAGUGUUGAUUCCCACAGCCUCUCCUGCUCAGGAGGAGUGGUUUUGGCUUCACAGGACGGGAAGAUAGUCUGCGAGAACACUCUGGAUGCACGAUUGGAUGUUGUAUUCCGACAGAAACUGCCUGAGAUCAGAAAGCUUCUUUUUGGACAAAUUGUUGCUUGAUCAUCUUGGAUCCCCAGUCUACCGGCUUAGAAUCGGAGAUUAUCCAAUGUUUUGAGAAAUAAUGUCAAUACUUUCUUAAUUUCAUACUCCUGAGAUAAGUGACACAUGAUAUUCCGGUUUCCGUGUAAUAAACUGGUUAUGAUAAUCAAAUGGAUUUUAGUGUCUUAA